CCUGGAACUGCAGGUGUGCUACCAAGCGUAAUGCCGAAUCCAGCGGUAGCUCCUGUCGUUCCUGCUCCUCAACCUCUUUCACAAUCUGCCACCAUUGCUGCUCAUCCAUUGAUGAAACAAAUUCUUACGAAGAAUGCUCAGUUGUCUUCCUCUGGUUCUGUGAAUGGAGUGAAUGGUGUCUCUAAGAGCAAUUCUUCAUCGCGUUGCGCUUCCCCCGCUGCACAACCUAAUGUUGAACAUAACGAAGAAGAUCAACGUAAAGUCAUGAAUGCGAAGGAUUUCUCUGAUUUUAAAAGCAAUGCUAAUGGUCAAAAUAGUAAAGAGCAAAAUGGUACGGCUACUUCUGAAGAAGAAGGCAGCGACGAUGAGAAGCCAACGUCGCGCAAGUCAUGUACAAGAAGGAACUCUGAAUCGGUGCUGCAAAGCUUGGUGAAUGAGCUAAGGAAAGAUCUAGGAAAGUCGGAACUGAUGAAGUUUUCGAAGUUUCUUGGUCAACGGGCAGGUUAA